UCUCUUUUGAACGUCGCCUUCCCGUUACCUUGGUGCGGCUUUAGCUUUCCAGAGCGCCGCCGGAGCCGGAGGUGUUCUCUUUAACACUGUGCGGAAACGGAGAUCCUCGAACUAUAGGUAGGAGAACUUGGCCGUGAGGGCACUCUGUGGCCCGGGAGUCGGUGACACCUGUCGUGGGAAGCCAGCGGAUACGCCUGGGAUGGUGGAGACCAGAGAUCUGGCACAGCUGCGGCAGCUCAACCUGGAGCUCCUGAGGCAGCUGUGGGUUGGACAGGAUGCCGUGAGGCGGUCCGUGGCCAAGGCAGCCUCAGAGUCAAGCCUGGACUCCAGCAGCAGCUACGACUCAGAGAUGCCGUCAUCCCAAGAGACGUCUUCAGUGGCCUUGAGAGCCUCCUGCCCACAGGAUGCCCACCAAGGUGACCCCUGUGAUAGGGACGGGGCCAGCUCCGGGGUGAUCUCUCUCCCACCUGCCAAGUGCCUCCACCAGGAGUCCCCGGGCCCACUGAGGCCCCACUCGGCUCCCUUGUUGGCCACCUCAGACUCGAACGACCCAGCGCUUUCAGCAGAGCUGGACAGUCUAGACACCCAGGAGGCACAGGCCCUGAAGUCCAUCCUGGCUCAACGGAGCAAGCUGUCCGAGCCGAGAGUGACCAACAAGGAGUCUCCAGUGCCUGAGAAGAGCUGGCGCCUCAGACCGUUCCUGGGCUACGACUGGAUUGCAGGAUCUCUGGACAGCAGCUCUCCCGUCACCAGCAAGCCCGAGGCCUUCUUCUCGAAGCUGCAGAAGUUCCGGGAAGCCAACAAGGAGGAGUGUAUUUGCAGUGACCCCAAAUCCCAGUUCCUAGGCCUGCAGGAGAGUGGUGCUGUGGAGGGGGACCACGAAUGUGUGUAUUGUUACUGUGUCAACCGGCGCCUGUUUCUGGUGCCUUCGGAUCCUGGCACCCCCUGCCGCCUGUGCCGGACACCACGGGGCCAGCGGGGUCCGGAGACCCUGGCAGAGCCAGCGCAGGUCAGGGUGAGCAUCCCGCUGUCUGUCCUGGACCCCCCGCACCGGUACCGCAUCCACCGGCGGAAGAGCUUCGACGCCUCCGACACGCUGGCGCUGCCCCGGCACUGCCUGCUGGGCUGGGACAUUCUUCCUCCGAAGUCUGAGAAAAGCUCAGCCCCCAGGAGCCUGGACCUCUGGUCCAGCGUCUCUUCUGAGGCCCAACGUCGGAAGCUGUCAGCCACCAGCGCUUCUCACCAGGCACCACUGCUCCCCGCUGGCUACCCCACCCCACCCUGGAAGGUGACCCCAACCCUGAGAUCCAGAAGGGGAUGAGGCUACCCCCAAAGAGGCCCCCCGACACCCUUCCCUUCACUCUCCAGGCUGUGCCAACGCGGGUCCCAGCCCCCAUCCCGAUCUGGUCAGAACCCUCCGUGCCCCAGCCCCGCGCCCCCCGGCUGAAGCCCUGAGGACUGGCCACUGGGAGGUGGACAGUGCCCCUACCGUCGUUUCAGCCUCUCCCCUCCGCAGGGGCGCCCAUGAGAGGGGAGCUUUGCCCAGCCUCAGCUGGAGGUGGACUCAGGCCCCACCUUCCUAGGCUGGGCCGGUGGGUGGCCUCAGGCCUGUCUCCUUCCUGGGGACAGAGGAGACCCUGGGGUUGGGAAGAGGGGAUUCUGUGACACGUUUGUAAAUAAAGCUCAGCACUCCCUGCAGCUCCAGAUUCCCACAUGUGCCGGCUCUGUCCUGCUGAUGCCCUCAGAGCCCUGGAGGUGCCCUGGCCUCGGCCUGCCCCCCCUCACUUGCAGAAGGACACCUCUGACAACCUGUGCUGGGCGGGGUGGAUCCAGCGCCCUGAGUGUGGCUCUUUGUGCAGCUUCUAACUCUGGGUAGGUGGCCUCGCCACCAGACAGGUGGGGGUGAGGCUCCCCAGAGUAGGCUGAGGCCAAGGUCAGCGUUAAAAAUCCAUCUCAGCAAGGGGCUUGGGGUCUCCGGCUGUUCCCUGUGGAUGAGGCUGAAGCUGUGACAGUGGGGAAUGAGUGAGCGCUCCCCUUAUUCUUGGCCCCUGACACUGGGGUCCAGUGAUGGAGGGACUCUCUUGAAGUCCCUGGGCCAGGUGGCUCCUUCACUCCCAUCUCUAGCCCAGCCCUAGAAGCCACGGGUGAUCUAGAACCCUGUCAGGGACACCUGGGGAAACAGGGCCAGGAGGGUUGGAGCCAGAGGCAAGGUUGGCCUAGAGCCCACAUCUGCCCUCCUGGAUUAGUAAGCUGCACCUGUCUUUAUACUCCCAUAGGUUGAACAAUGUGAAAUUCCUGAUUUUUAGGAUACAAAUGGAAUAGCUGGGGAACCGAAGCCCAGGGAAGGCAUGUGCUUUUUCUGAGGUUUCUAGCUUAGAGCCGUGGAACUAUGGCUGUGGUCCGUGGCUCCCACCUGGAGCUUGUGAAGCUGAGUAAACCUUUCCCCAUCCAGCACAGCACAUAUAUUAGUCAGGAUAAGCGAGGUUAUGCCACGGUAACAAAUUAACCCCCACAUCCCAGUGGUUUGACAUAGAGCCCUAUUUCUUGCUGACUUGCUCAUACUACCUGUCUGUCAUGGGUCACAUGGGGCCUCUGUUUUGACA